CGGGAGCCAGAUGCCCCCCGAAAGCCAAGAGGGGCCGUUCGAGGAAAACGUAGGGCGGAGGAGAAAGCGGAAGAGGUGCUGUAGGGACAGAAGGAGCGCAGGCACUGGCGGAAGAGGCUCGCAGGGGAGGAAAUGGCACACAGUGUUUUGAUGACAUCAUCCUUUUCUAGAAGAACAAAAUUACUACAUCAGACGGGUUUGUCACUUUAUAAUACCGCCCAUGGCUUCCAUGAGGAAGAAGUUAAAGCAAAACUUAUGCAGUUUCCUGGUGGAUCCGUUGACCUUCAGAAGGAAGACAAUGGCAUUGGUAUUCUUACUCUGAACAAUCCAAGUAAAAUGAAUGCCUUCUCAGGUGUUAUGAUGCUGCAAUUGCUGGAGAGAGUAAUUGAAUUGGAAAAUUGGACAGAAGGGAAAGGUCUUAUUGUCUGUGGAGCAAAAAACACUUUCUCUUCAGGAUCUGAUUUGAAAGCUGUGAAGGCACUUGGAACUCCAGAGGAUGGAAUGCACUUGUGCAUGUUCAUGCAAAACACUUUAACAAGACUUAUGAGACUUCCUUUAAUAAGUGUUGCACUGGUUCAAGGUCAUGCAUUGGGUGGAGGAGCAGAAGUUACCACAGCCUGUGAUUUCAGAUUAAUGACUAAAGGCAGUGAAAUCAGAUUUGUCCACAAGGAGAUGGGUAUAAUACCGAGCUGGGGUGGUGCCACCCGGCUGGUUGAAAUAAUCGGCAGUAGACAAGCUCUUAAAGUGUUAAGUGGAGCCAUCAAACUGGAUUCAGAAAAAGCUUUGAACAUAGGAAUGGUUGAAGAAGUUCUGCAGUCUUCAGAGGAAAGUAAAUCUCUAGAGGAGGCUCAGGAGUGGCUAAAGCAGUUUAUCAAUGGACCCCCAGAAGUAAUUAGAGCUUUGAAAAAAUCUGUUUCUUCAGGAAAGCAGCUUUGUUUUGAGGAAGCAUUACAGAACGAAAGAGAUCUUGUAGGAACAGUUUGGGGUGGACCUGCAAAUUUAGAGGCUAUUGCUAGGAAAGGAAAAUUCAAAUAGUUUCUGAAAAUGAUGUGUAAAUAAAACUCCAGUGAUUAAAAUGUAUGGCAAUUAGAGUGUAUUACAUAGAUAGAGAUUUCUAUUCAAGAUAAAUAAAAGUAGUUGUUCAUUUGUGCACCUGAAAUUUACAAACUCGUCCUGGGUUAGAUAGAAAUACUACCAUUAGUAUUAUAGUUAACAAAAUUGAAUUCUACAUCAAUAUUUUCAUUUAUUAAACAUUUCCCCCUGAAAAAUGGCUACACUUGGAGCUGGGUGGUACACCCAGUAGAAUACACAUUACUAUGCCCAAGGACUUGGGUUCAAACCCUCAGUCCCUUCCUACAGGGGGGCUUCGUAAGUGAAGCAGUGCUAAAGGUAUCUCUCCCUACCCUCUCCACCAUCCCUGCAAUGUCUCUCUCUAAAGUAAAUGUCCACUAUGAAAGGUGGAUUUAUCCUGUGGUCCAGGAGGUGGCGCAAUGGAUAAAACAAUGGACUCUCAAGCAUGAGGUCCUGAGUUCAGUCCCCAGUAGCCCUGAGUUCAGUCCCCAGUAGCACAUGUACCAGAGUGAUAUCUGGUUCUCUCUCUCUUUCUCAUUAAUAAAUAAAUAAACUAAAUAAAAAAUAUUAAAAAGGUGGAUUUUUUUCCAAGCACACACUGAGACUGAGCUCCAGUGAUGACAACCCUGGUGGCAAUAAAAAAAAAAAAAAGGGCUAAAUUUUUUAUCUUUUAAAAGUAAAUUUAAUAAAAACACAACUCAAACAUUUCUAAUCAUCUUAGUAAGACAGAUUUAGAAAAACAAUGCUAAUGGAGCAGGGAAAUAACACAGUGGUUUACAGAGCUGACUUCCAUGCCUGAGGAUUAAGAGGUCCCGGUUUCAGUCCUCAACAUCCCCAUAGGCUAGAGCUGAGCCGAGCCAUGCUUUGGUCUAAAAACAAAAACGAUUCUAACUUAACUAUAAAAAGCUAAAAGACCAUUUCAAAGUAGUGAUAGCCUUUAUUCUCUAUUGUAAUGUUCAAUUAACAUUUGAAAUUAAUUUAAUAAAAAUCUUCCAUGUGCUUAA